AAAGAAUCAUUGUUAGGAGGCAGCCAUGGAAUUGACUUUCAUACUCUUCCAAGUCGUAGUCGCUCUUCUAGCGAUUGCCACCUACUUCAUCCAUCGCAGAGUUACAUUCUUCAAAAGUCGUGGCAUUCCCCAUGAUACUCCGCAUCUUCUGAAGGGAAAUAUGGAUGGUCUAGGCCGCACCAGAACCAUACACCAGAUCGUCCAGGACUUCUAUGACAAGUACCGGAACUCUAAAGUGCCCUUUGUCGGUUUCUACUUCUUCCAAAAGCCAGCCGCUUUUAUUUUGGACCUGGAACUAGCCAAGCACAUCCUGAUCAAGGACUUCUCCAACUUCUCCGACAAGGGACUGUUCUACAAUGAGAAGGACGACCCCAUUUCAGCACAUCUCUUCAAUCUGGAUGGUCCCCAGUGGCGGACACUUCGCAACAAGUUGUCUUCGACGUUCACUUCCGGAAAGAUGAAGUUCAUGUUCCCCACAGUUGUGUCCGUGGCUGAUGAGUUUAUGACGGUGAUGCACGAAAAGGUUCAGCAGAAGCCUGUCCUGGAGAUCCGUGACCUCGUAUCUCGGUUCACAGUUGAUGUGAUCGGCACCUGUGCCUUUGGACUUCAGUGCAACAGCCUCCGGGAUGAGAAGGCAGAGUUCCUGCAGUUUGGAAAGCGAGCUUUGGUGGACAGACGACAUGGUUCCCUGCUGACGGGACUAAUGAUGAGCUAUCCCAAGUUGGCCCGAAAAAUGGGUCUCAUAAAAACGGCUACGCAUAUUCAAGAGUUCUACCGUCGGAUUGUGACGGAGACAGUGACAUAUCGCGAAAAGGAAGGGAUUCGUCGGAAUGACUUCAUGGACAUGCUGAUCGACAUGAAGAACAGGAAUGAGGUUACCUUGGACAACGGGGAGGUGGUUAAAGGCCUGACCAUGGACGAGGUGCUGGCCCAAGCCUUCGUGUUCUUCAUUGCUGGGUUCGAGACCUCUUCAUCAACCAUGGGCUAUGCUUUGUACGAGUUGGCCAGACACCCCCACAUCCAAGACAAGGUGAGGGCGGAAAUCGAAGAAGUUCUGGAGAAAUACAAUAAUGAACUUACUUAUGAGAGCACCAGGGAUCUUAAAUACCUGAACCUGGUAAUAAAUGAAACCCUUCGCUUAUACACCAUUGUGCCCAUGUUGGAUCGUAUGGCCAACAAGCCCUAUGUGGUUCCAGGUCACCCAAAGUUUGUUAUCGAGGCUGGUCAGUCGAUUAUCAUUCCCUCAUCUGCUAUUCAUCACGACCCGGAUAUCUAUCCGGAUCCCUAUGCAUUCCGACCUGAGAGGUUUACUCCGGAAGAGUCGGCCAACCGUCCCGCCGUUGCUUGGUUGCCAUUUGGCGAUGGUCCCCGGAACUGCAUCGGCCUAAGAUUCGGACAGAUGCAGGCACGCAUUGGACUGACCUAUCUGAUCAAAAACUUCAAGUUCUCCACCUGCCCCCAAACCCCAGAUCCUCUGGUCUACGACCCGCGGUCCACUGCCCUCAGUGUUCCCGAAGGAAUUCAUCUUAAAAUCCAAAAGGUGUGA